CAAGUCAGUCAUGCCUUGCCCCUGUGAACCCAGAACAGGGAGAGGCACUGCUUAGAUAAGGCCAAACUUCCCCAUUCUGACAGGUGACCUUGGUCACAGAGAAGGCUCUGACCCUCAGCAGUGUUUACCAGGUUUAACCCAGAGUUCCUUAAAGCACAUAUUUGUCUCCAUUCACAAAAUGAAUAUUAGUGUUUUGUGAAAUGCUAUAAAUUGGCAGAAUACAUCUUGGGAACACCACACAGAUCAUAGCUAUCACUUGUUAGCCACCUGCUAGGUGCCAGACCCAUGCUAAUUCCUUUAUGAGCUUCAUCUUCAUCACAGGCCUCUAUUAGGUAAGUAGUAUUAAAUAAAUUUCAAGAUAAAAAUGUGGAAGCCACCAAGAAAGUUUCAGAAGGACUGAAUAGAGGCUUCAACUUCAUCCCUUUCCCUCACAGGGCCAACAGCUGGGCCAGAUGUGUUGAAAACGUGCACAUUCCUAGUAUCCAAAGUUUCUAAAACCCCUGUUUAUAAACGAGUGAGAAGCAUGAAACCCAGGAUGUGGGGCAACUGGGAGGGGGUGAAACCAAGAUACCCCUGUGGCUACCUCAGAACCCUUAAGGGGAAGUGAUGGAGAUGUCCCCAGCAGGUCAACUGGUGUAACCCUCCUCCCAUGUCCAGGUAUGAGAAGCUCAUUGGUGGGAAGUACAUGGGUGAGUUGGUGCGCCUUGUGCUUCUCAAACUGGUGGAUGAGAAUCUGCUAUUCCACGGGGAAGCCUCAGAGCAGCUACGCACUCGCGGCGCUUUCGAGACCCGAUUCGUAUCGCAGGUGGAGAGCGACUCAGGUGACCGCAAGCAGAUCCAUAACAUCCUGAGCACACUGGGGCUGAGGCCCUCCGCCACUGACUGCGACAUUGUGCGCCGCGCCUGCGAGAGCGUGUCCACGCGAGCAGCGCACAUGUGCUCAGCAGGGCUGGCGGGUGUCAUCAACCGCAUGCGCGAGAGCCGCAGCGAGGACGUGAUGCGAAUCACCGUGGGUGUGGAUGGCUCUGUGUACAAGUUGCACCCCAGCUUCAAGGAGCGGUUCCACGCCAGUGUACGCAGGCUGACUCCCAGCUGUGAGAUCACUUUCAUCGAGAGUGAAGAGGGUAGCGGCAGGGGUGCGGCCUUGGUUUCCGCAGUGGCCUGUAAGAAGGCCUGCAUGCUGGGCCAAUGAGAGCCAGGCUGUGAGGGCCGAACCUGGACUCCAUGGGGACUGCGCUCCCUGUAGUUGCUCCCAGCUCACCAGGGCAGGAAGCUGCCUAUCCUGCUGCUAAUCCUGGAAGAUGGUGAGAGAUCACUGGAGCCCAUCAGGCCUCUUGGCCUUUUCUCCAGAAGUCGGUGGGACAACCCCAGAGCCCUGGGGUAAGGGGCUGAGAGGAGCAGAAACAGACUCCAAAGGCCCUGGCCCUUCCUGCUGAAAUCAACUACGGAGAUGUAGUUGCUCACUCAGGACUUUGUUGCAUUUCCACACUGUCUGCUUCUCAGAGCUGCCAGCCUGGCCUGGGCUCCUGCUUUGAGAUGGGAGUGCCCUUGGGCACCUGCUGUGGCUUGGCUUCUGUGGAAGCUCACCCUGCUUGGGAGGCAGGGGGCAGGCAACUCCAGCAGCUUGGCCAGACCAGACCUGGGCCCACAGGGGACAGUGGGCUGCUGGUCACCCAGGCCUCACCGUUUCUUGUGUCUGACCCAAGAGGACAAAGAGCCAUAGGAGAAGGCCCAGCUGUGGGGAGAGGAUUUCCCAGUCUGCAGGUGACCCCAAGAGGCCUUUUUCUUCACACACACACACACACACACACACAUCCCUGAGAUAGGCCCUUACAGGUGAUGAGACAGAGCCCCAAUAUCCUGCCCCAAGGGUCCCACAAAAUGGAAGAGACACCAUCAGGAGUCCUUCAACCUGCUCCCAGAGGCAGGAAGGUGUCUUUGGCUCUAAAGGCACUAGUCCAGGAAGAAAUCCCAGAAGCAUUCAGCAUACCUCCAAGGGACCAUCUCAGCCCCCUCUCAUCCUCAUCAUAUCUCCCAUGUGUCACACCACCCUUUCCAUGCCCAACCUGGGACUAUGUGGGGUUUUUAAUUAAAAACUUUAAAAAGUUUAAA